CCUUAGCCGGAUUCAAAACCGGGGCGGAAUCCAUCCCCAAUCCCUCACGACUCCUCGUCCAAGCCCGGCAGCAACCCAACCCCACGAGCUCAUCUCAACUCAACUUCCCCGUCGUCUCGCUCGCAGAUCUGUUUCUCCUUUCCCAAUUCGAUCGCGCGCCUCCCGGUCACCCGCGCGGGCCAGAUUUAUGAAGCCAUGCAGAGCGGCGGCGGCGGCGGCUCGCGGUCGAGUUUGACUACUGCUGCUGCUGCUGCAACUACGGGGUUGGGGAGGGAUCGGUAUCGGGAUCGGCAAUGGCGAGCCUGUCGGAUUCGGCGGGUGCGGGCGGAAGCGGAGGGGGCCGCGCGGGCGCGGAGCUGAUGGUGCCGCAGUUCCUGCAUAAGACGCUGCACGCUAUCCUCGCCGUGCGGUCGCCGCGCCCGCACGCGUCGGCGCCCGCGGCCACGGCGGCGGCGUUCAGGAGGCGGGACAGGUGGUUCCACCUGCCGCUCCACUCGCCGCCGCCCCCGCCCGCGGCGGAGCACCUGCCGGAGCCGUCCCCCGGGGAGCCGCUCGUCGUCGACGUGUACCUCUCCCCGUCGGGCGGCGGCGGCGGGGCGGAGGAGGUGGUGGAGCGGUGGACCGUGGCGUGCGAGCCCUGGCCCUCGGCCGCCGCGGCGGCAGCGGUGGGGGAGGGGCUGGCGGUCAACCGGGCGUACAAGCGCUGCAUCACGCUGCUGCGGUCGCUCUACGCCGCGCUCCGCUUCCUUCCAGCUUACCGCGCCUUCCGCACGCUCUGCGCGUCUGGCCAGGUGUACAACUACGAGAUGGGCCACCGCGUCGGCUCCUUCGCCGCGCCCUUCUCCCGCGCCGAGGAGGCAGCCAUGCGCACCAACCGCUUCGCCCCCGUCGAGACCCAGCUCGGCCGCCUCGUCGUCUCCGUCCAGUACCGCCCCAGCCUCGCCGCCUUCAAUUUCGAGGUCACCUCCCUCGCGCCCGCCGCGAUCAUCAUGGAUUACGUCGGCAGCCCGGCGGCCGAUCCUAUGCGCGCCUUCCCGGCCUCGCUCACGGAGGCCGCCGGCUCACCCUCUUCGCAGCCCUCGCGGCGCCCCAGCAGCUGGGCGUCACCUGCGCCCUGGCCGCACACCCCGGGGCAGCAGGCGAAAUUCUCGCCGCCGCCGACCCAUUACGCGUCCCCCACGCCCUCGCCGCCCACGUUUGGAUACCUGCACUCGCGGUUUAGCGGCGAGACUGCGCCAAUGAGCAUACCGCAGGUGGGCGGUGGCAGGGGCCCUGUGCACCAUCGGAACAUGUCGGAACCCACCCGAGCCUUCAUGUUUCCUCCACCGUCUCCCAAGAGUGUGCGAGGGGAGGCAGGGAUGCAGGAGUCCCCGACUGAGGCCAAUCGGUCGUUCAAGAGGGCAGAUGGCAUCCGGAUGGGCGAUCUCUAUGCUAACUUGCCAUCUGGUUCAAAGAUUAAGGACAGUAGGGAUGAAUCUGGCAGGUUCUCUGGUGUCUUCUCUUCUAGUGGUUCACCACGACUCGGGUUCUCAAGAAGUUCAAGCAGAUUGUCUAUGCAGGAUGAUACUGAUGACGCGGAUUUUCCUUUCGCUGUUGAUGAUGUUGAUCCAGAUUCCCGACCAGGGAGUAGCAGUGGGAAGGACGUCGGGGAUCAGGCAGGUUCCUCAUCCCAUAAAUCACAAGACGCUGCUGUCGGUUAUCUUGUCCACCUGCUAAAGUCUGCACGUCCACUGCGAGAUUCUAGCUACUCAACUCAUACAUCAAGGGCCGAAUCUAUUGAAGCUGGAAGCACAAGCUCCUUCAUGUCCCGCAGGACAUCUGACGCACUUGAGGAGCUCGAAUCUUUCAGAGAAAUAAAGGAGAACCUGCUAGCACGUAGUAGAUCUAGGCUGCAGGAUUCAUUGGAUAAACCCUAGCGCCAAUACCGCCCUUGAUUCCAUAUUCUUUAACCGGUGAAGAAUCCAAACUGUAGAGUUGAUUAUAUGGUGAGCUUUGGUAACAUAUUCUGGACUUGUCAAUGUAAAUAACUAAUCAACUGGCGCUGGUUUCUGAAAUAGAAUAUCCAGGCUGCCAUUGAUUCUAUUGUGGAAAUUGCUUCUGAUUCUUAAACCUUUGUUCAUAGUGUUUGUAUACAAGCUGAACAAACUGGAAGCCUGUCGCUGGAAGCCUGUGAUGAUCACAGCGCUCAGGCGUGUGGAAUUAUCGAUCAUGAGACCAAAUUGUUUAUUGAUUCUAUCUGUAGUAUUUAUAUUACUAAGUUCAAUUUAUCAACC